AUGGCUGCCAUCUCGUCCAUGCCAAGUUCAAGCACUCAGUACAAUGACAUUGCUGGUGCUUAUGCAAAAUUGUGUCCUGCUUGGCCAGCCCGCUCCCCAUUCUUGCUGCCAGAUCUUGAAGAGGAACAGCUGAAGCGCGUGCUCUUGUCUCCAGAGGUUGCAAUGCGGGGAAAGAGCGUGCUCGACCUCGCUGGUGAAACGGGUACUAUUCCUUCCGCUCACUGGACUGGCGCGCGAAAUAUUAUGGUCGAUGCUGGUCGUGCAGUCGCAGAGAAGCAAGCAAUACCCCAGUCGAGGAUACGCUUUAGCGUGGCCGACGCGACGGCUCCUGACGGGAAGAUCGAAGGUGCGCCGUUCGAUAUUGUCACCGCGGCCUGGCUCCUCAAUCAUGCGCCAAAUGCAGAGACGUCGCCGAGGAUGUGGCAGAACAUUGGCUUGUAG